AUGCUGGGGUCCUUCCUAGCACAUGGCCUGACACGGGAAGAAGCAGAGGGCGAGACUCUGGUGCAGAUCAUCGCAGGUUCCGACACGACCGCCACAGCCAUCCGCACGACACUGCUGUACCUCAUUGCAUCGCCCUUGGCCUACGGGAAGCUGACGCAGGAAAUCCGGACGGCGGCAUCGGAAGGCCGGCUCUCUAACCCAAUCACCGACGCCGAAGCGCGCACGCUGCCGUACUUGCAGGCAGUCAUCCGGGAGGGGCUGCGGGUGCAUCCGCCUGUCGUCGGGCAUAUGGGCACAACUGUCCCUAAAGGCGGCGAUGUCAUCCUCGGCGUCCCUGUGCCUGAAGGGACGGAUGUUGGUUGGGCGGCGUUCGGCGUACAGCACAACAAGGCUAUAUAUGGAAGUGACGCGAUCAUGUUCCGACCCGAACGGUGGUUGGACGCCUCGGAGGCCCAACUCAAGACGAUGACGAGUACCUGGGAGCUUAUUUUCAAGUAUGGGAAAUGGCAGUGUUUAGGGAGAUCAGUCGCACUGCUUGAGCUAAACAAGAUCUUUGUCGAGGUAAGCAAACUCCAAGCCCACUGA